GCAGUAGCGUCUAUAUCAUUUUCGCGUGUUCUGCUUAAUUUUCAACGAUAUAUAUCUCGAUACUCCGAAAAACUUUCUAAUUAUUCGUUUCCUUUCUCUGUUUAUUGAAUCAUUUAUUUGAUAAAAUGAAAUUGAUCGGGCUCAUGUAUUCGCUGUUAUUUUUUAGUCAUCUUAGUGCGGCUCCGAUAAAUGUGAUCUCUGAGAUAAGUAUGCUCAUUAGAAGAAUAAUAUGGUCCAAUUGGAAUCAGUCCAACAUCAAAUUGAAUCCUGAUUCCAUUCUCAACACGCCAGAGAUGAUAAGAAAAGCGGGUUAUCCUGCGGAAUCUCACGUUGUAAUGACGGAGGAUGGCUAUCUCUUGACGUUACAUCGUAUCCCAGGUGGCAACGAUUCCUUACCCGUGCUGCUGCAGCAUGGUCUUUUCUGCAGUUCCGCUGACUGGGUUGUUCUUGGCAAAGACAAAGCAUUCGCUUACCUAUUAGCAGAUCAGGGAUAUGAUGUUUGGUUAGGAAAUUUUCGUGGUAAUAUUUACUCGAGGGCACAUGUUUCUCUCUCUCCGUCGAAUCCGACAUUUUGGGAUUUCAGUUACAACGAAAUGGGCAUCUAUGAUUCACCAGCAAUGAUCACAUUUAUCACGAAUAUGAGAUCCCAACUAUUGCAUACAUAUAUUGGUCACUCAAUGGGCGCAAAUAGUUUUUUCAUAAUGGCAUCAGAGAGUCCGGAAAUCGCGCAAAUGGUGCAAAAGAUGAUCAGUCUCGCACCAGCAGUCUUUAAAAACCACAUGCAGAGUCCGAUACAAUACUUCUACCCAUUUCAAAAUGAGCUUAAGUUGGCGAUGCAAUUGUUCUUUCACGAUGAAUUCCUCGGUGAUUCUGUAAGAUUUCUUUUGGAAGAUAUCUGUGACCAGAACAUUGAAUUUUGUUCCAAUAUGCUGUCUAUGAUCUGGGGUGAUGAUUGCGAGCAAUUUAACAAUACUCUACUGCCUGUCAUCUUGAAAAAUUUCCCGGCCGGCAGCUCGACUAAGACUAUUCUGCAUUUCAUCCAGCCGGAGAUGAUAAGAAAAGCGGGUUAUCCCGCGGAAUCUCACGUUGUAAUGACGGAGGAUGGCUAUCUCUUGACGUUACAUCGUAUCCCAGGUGGCAACAAUUCUUUACCCGUUCUUGUGCAGCAUGGUCUUUUAUGCAGCUCCGCUGACUGGAUUAUUCUUGGCAAAAGCAAAGCAUUAGCUUACUUAUUAGCGGAUCAAGGAUAUGAUGUUUGGUUGGGUAAUUUUCGAGGUAAUACAUACUCGAAGGCGCAUAUUUUCCUGUCUCCUUUAAAUUCGACAUUUUGGAAUUUCAGCUUUCAUGAAAUGGGCAUCUAUGAUUUACCCGCGAUGAUUACAUUUAUCACCAAUAUGAGAUCCCAACCAUUGCACACAUAUAUUGGUCAUUCUAUGGGCACAACUAGUUUUUUUAUAAUGGCAUCAGAACAUCCGAAAAUCGCUCAAAUGGUGCAAAUGAUGGUCGGUCUGGCGCCAGCUGUCUUUCUAAAUCACAUGCAGAAUCCAAUACAAUACUUGAUCCCAUUUAGUAGUGUGCUUAAGAUAGUAAUGCGAUUGUUCUUCCAUGAUGAAUUCCUUCAAAGCAACUUGGUGAGAUUUUUCGCGGAAAACAUCUGCGACCAGAAUAUUAGUCUUGAAGAGAUCUGCUCCAAUUUUAUGUUUAUGAUUUGGGGUGAUGAUCGCGAGCAGUUUAGCUACUCCCUGCUACCUGUCAUUCUGAGUCACACCCCGGCCGGCGCCUCGGCUAAAACACUAUUUCAUUACGCCCAAAUAUUUGAAUCGGCCAAGUUUCGCAAAUACGAUUACGGUCGCGUAAAAAAUCUGUUGAUCUAUAAUUCUACAGAACCACCGAAUUAUGAUUUAUCGAAUAUUACAGUACCAGUCGCGUUGUUUUACGCCGAUAAUGACUGGAUAAUCAGCACAGAGGAUGUGAAAAGAUUAUACCAUUCACUGCCAAAUGUAGUGGAUAUGUACGAAGUGCCAUGGUCCAAAUUCAAUCAUGCGGAUUUUAUGUGGGCUAAAGAUGCAUCAAAACUCGUAUAUGACAAGAUUCUCAAGAUCAUGAGAAGAGAAAAUCCAAACAACGUUACAUCAGUGGAAUAAUAUUGUCAGCAAUCAAAAUUAAAGAUAAAUCUUAUACGCUAGAUCUUCGGUAAUAUUGAUG